AUGGACUCUGGCAACUCCAACCAUGGCUCCCCUUCCAAACGCCAGAAGCUCACCCCUCGAGCUCACGAACUGGGGGUAAUGCGCAUGUCCACCGACAACGGGUCUGCAUCCUUCCUAGGCUCAUCAAGCGGGAUUCAUUUCAUUCGCGUUGUCUAUAAUGCCUUCGCCCGCCGGUCGGCCCUUCUGAAUCGGCCCAAGCAGCCAUCAAAAGAUACCCAAGUGCCAGGCGAAGAUGACCAGCUGCACCAUCAACACCACCAAUAUCAUCCGGACCUGUGGCUGCCUCAUGAACUUAAACCCCAGGCACUCGCAACUUUAUGUUCUUUUGAUAGUCUAGUGCAAUGGACCCGAGGCUACUUCCACAAUUGGCACCCAAUGUUUCCCUUCUGUUCUGGCCCAGGAUUCCUCAUAAUCCUAGAGCACAUCAGCCGCGAUGGGUACAGCAGUCUCUCUGCAGCAGAUGGCAUCCUUGUCCGCUCAAUCAUUUCAAUUUCCUUGAUGGAUCGUCGCCAGGACAGUUCUCCUUGUUCUCAAAUCCUGGUUCCCUCGGCAUUGGUCUUUCGUUCUGUCCACCAGGCUAUGGAGAGUUUGCAUGCUCUCUUUUGCGAGCCACCAACUAUUCCAAUUCUUCAGGCAGCUUUCAGCAUCCAGCUUUUUCUUACCUCUCUUCUCCGUCUCAAUGCCGCCUCGCGCGUCGGCGGUGCCAUUAUCCGAACGGCCUUCCACCUUGGUCUACACAGGUGUCCUGUGCGCUUUUCAGGUUUCAGUUCGGAAGAGGCCGCUACUCGCCGUCGGCUAUUCUGGUCUAUCUACUGUCUUGAGCGAUACCUCUCUCAGGCGCUGGGUAUCCCCCUGGGGAUUCGCGAUGACGAUAUCGACGUGUGUUAUCCUAACGCGGAGAUGCACGGUCCGGCGGCAGAAGAAGAUCACAGACUUCGCUUGCUGGGCCACCUCGCUAGAUUCGCCCGGGUCCGUGGACGCAUCAUUGAAUUACGCAACAAGUCUAUCCUCCACAGAGAGGAGCUCAUUGAUGCGACUCAAGUUCACGGUGAGCUAACGCAGUGGUGGAAUGAAGUCUACGACGACGUCUACCCAGUCGAGCCCGACGAGGGCAAUGCACACUCCACGUCCAUGAUUGCACCAUUCCACAGCCUUCUCCUUACAAUUCUCCGUCAUGAAGCCAUCAUCGCCAUGAAUCGCCCGCUGCUGGCAGCCGAGGCGUCUUCCCCUGAAUAUCGCACCGCAUUACAAAUAUGCAUCGAGUCAUCACGAUCACUAUUAACCUCACUACGACAAUAUCUCUCCGGCCCGUCCGGAUCCUCGAUUCCGCUCAUAUGGCCGUCCUUCACCUGGGCCGUCUGGAUGAGCUGCCUAAUCCUAAUUUACGCCGCUUGGGAAAGCGAAUUUCCCGCAUCUUUAGCAUCGAGAUACGCCAAGAACGGCCUCUCCAUCCUCGAAAAUCUCGCUCGCCGCGGAAACACCUGGCCGCAAACACCAAAGACAAGGAGUCAGCCACCACAACCUCCGAAGCCAUCGACUCUGGCAUUCCAUUCGGAACACCCCAACACCUCCACCUACAACAACAACAACCACCCCAUCCAACUCCAGCACCCGAAGACACACUUCUACAAAGUGCAACCCCCCUACCAACCGCCAUCACAGGCAACCAAUGGAGCAACUCAUCCCUCAUUUUCGGAAACCAAGCAAUGA